AUGGCAUCGCUCCGCUCCAUGGGUGGCGCGGCCAACACCUCAAUCGCCUGGAGCGCCCUCCCGCCCACCGCUUCCUCCCCGCUCUAUCCCCGCCCUGCACCGCCCCGAACCCCGCGCUCGCUCCCCGUGUUCCCCCCCGCCGUUUCUGCCCGCCCCACUGUUCGCCCUCCCCCCGACCCCCCCCGCGCCCCGUCCCCCACGCCUGGCCCUCAGUGCCUCGCCGAUAGGCGACUCUGCCCCCCCUCUGCGCCCACUCGGAAGUCCCCCCUCCCCGAAGAUCCGCGCUUUCACGCCGUGGCCCUGGCGCGCCAGCCCCCCCCCUCUUGCUCCCAGCCUCUUAUCCGCCUCUUGACGCCCGGUCCGCCCCGCCGUCACGCCUACAGCCCCCCCCGUGCGGAGCCCCACAUGCCUCCCCGCCGCGUCUCUGGGUCACGCCGCUGCUCCUCUCUCCGCGCCUUUCCCCGACCACAUCAGACGGCGGCAGCCGCUCCCAGCACUCCCGGCCGUCCCGGACCAGCACCGCCCGCCGCUCGACGCACCCCCCCCGGCCCGCCGCCGGCACGCCUCUCACUGAAAGGUUCCGCGCCGCACCCAUUGUCAGCCGCCGCGUUUUGGAGGAGUGCGGGUCGUCAGACCUGA